AUGCUGAUAGUGAUCGGUGAGAUCGGCACGGAGCACCAGCUGGACACCGCCAAGGUGCAGAUAGAGCGGGGAAUUCGAUCCUGGGACGUCGACCUCAACUGCUGCGACCUCGCUCAGCAGCUCCAGCUGUUCAUAACUCGUCACUCUGCCAACUUCUCCUCCGAGGUCAAAGGACAGAGGACUCUCCACCACAGAAGUGAUGUCCUAGACACUGUGGUGCUCGUCAACCCUUCACAAGAAUCUAUUGUAUCAGAGAUCCAGUCUCUAGUCACAGACUCAGCAGGACACAAGCUUCUGGUCUUGAGUGGCCAGAGCUCAGAUCACGGUGGCCUUCUUCUUCAAACUGGGGUUUUCACCUACCAGACCUUUUCAAAUAUCUUUGCUGAUCCUGGGGUCAGUGAAUUACUGGGAACAGCAGCCCCCAAGCAGCAGGCUACACUCACUGUAUCCUGCCGCGGGGAGGUGGGCUGGAGCUCCCUGGGACAGCAGCAGACCCUGAGGGAGUUCCUGGAAUACAAACUAAACCCUGAGCCUGUUCUCCCCAAGAUGGAGGGCGUCUCGGAGUUCACAGAGUACAUCUCUGAGACGGUUGACGUCCCUUCACCUUUUGACCUGCUGGAGCCACCUACCUCCGGAGGUUUCCUGAAACUUUCCAAGCCAUGUUGCUACAUCUUUCCCGGCGGACGAGGAGACUCUGCUCUCUUUGCUGUGAAUGGCUUCAACAUCCUUGUGGAUGGAGGCUCUGAACGUAAAUCCUGCUUCUGGAAGCUGGUCCGUCACCUGGACCGCAUCGACUCGAUUCUACUCACACACAUUGGCGCUGACAAUCUCCCAGGUAUCAAUGGGCUUCUUCAGAGGAAGAUAGCAGAACAGGAGGAGGAGCAGUCUCAAGGCUCCAUCAACUACAGCGACUGGAUGAAAAACCUGAUCUCUCCAGAAGUAGGUGUGGUGUUCUUCAACGUACCAGAGAAGCUACGUAUGCCAGAAUCUAACCUCAAAGUGAAACGCAGCAUCGAAGAGGCCUCACUCACUUUGCAGCACCUUAACAAACUUGGAAUCAAACCGGAGCCACUGUUUCGAGUGGUCAGCAACACUAUCGAGCCCAUUACUCUGUUCCACAAGAUGGGAGUGGGCAAGUUAGACAUGUACAUUCUCAACCCGGUCAAAGACAGUAAAGAGAUGCAAUUUUUAAUGCAAAAGUGGGCUGGCAACAGCAAGGCCAAAACUGGUAUUGUGCUGCCCAAUGGCAAAGAAGGAGAAAUAUCUGUGCCCUACCUGACAUCGGUUACAGCCUUAGUUGUCUGGCUUCCCGCCAACCCUACAGAAAAGAUUGUCAGAGUGCUGUUCCCUGGGAAUGCACCACAAAACAAGAUCCUGGAAGGGCUAGAGAAAUUAAAGCACCUUGACUUCUUGCGCUAUCCUGUAGCCACACAAAAGGACAUUGCUGCAGGGGCUCCUCCCUCAGUUAUAAAACAGACCAAGUUAAAACAAAGAACAGACAGCAAAGAGAGUCUUAAAUCCUCUCCGAAGACUACUGCAAAGGUCUCCAAGAAAGAACCUGAAGGACAAGACGACGUGUCAGCCACCACAGAGGCAAAGAGUGACUCUGUGAAGGAAAAUAUAUCAGAGAAAAAAGAGGAGAAAAAGCCUACCAAAACUAUGAAAUCUAAAUCAGAUGUGCCCGAGAAAAAGAAACUCCUGAAAGAAAAAUCCAUUAAAAAGCACUCCAAGGAAAGGGUGUCAAAAAUGGAUGAGAAAAAAGACAAAGAAAAGAAAGAGAUCAAAAAAAUCAAGAAAGACGACUCUAAAAAAGAUGACAAGAAAGAUGCUAAAUCCAAAGAGGACAAAAAGAAGGACGCAUCCAAACCUGAGCUGAGAAAAAUCACAAAGCCUGACCUAAAACCACUUACACCCGAGGUCAGAAAGACAUUACAUAAAGCUAAAGUGUCAAGUAAAGCCAAGACUGGAAAAAUCAAGGCAGCAAAGGCUGCUGAACCGAAGCCAGAAGAGCCGAAACCAGAAAUUAUUCAACCUGAACCAAUACAAAAUGGAGCUGUUGAGGGCACAUCUGCUCCCUCCACACCUGAAGACCUCACCAAGGAAUUUGAAGAAAUUAAACAAGCUGAAGUUGUAGCUGUAUCAGCAGAGGCAGACAAGGCAGAAAUAGAAGAGGCUCAAAAGUUUGAGGAUGAGGGAGCCGCAUCUCAGGAGGAAGAGGAGGAGGAAGAAGAACAGGCUCCAACUGCUGAAAGGAAAACACCAGAGGAAGAGGAGGAAGAUAUGGGUAUCGGAGAGGAGGAAGAUGAAUCAAAAUGGAAGGAGGAAAAAGACGAUGGGCUUGACAGGAAACAUGAGAUUGAAGAAAUGGAGAAAUCAGAAAUUCUUGCUGCUAAGAUUGAGCCUCAAAUGACUACAUAUAAGGAAGAGGAAGAAGAGGACGAGGCUGUGGAGAAAGCCGAACUGGAGGAGGUGGAAGACUUAGAUGUGAUAGCAGAUGAAGAGAUCAAAAUCAAACCUGAAGAUGCAGCUGAGGAACAAAUGGUCACUGAGAGCACAGCCGCUGACUUUCUGACUACAGCUAAAGAAGAGGAGGAGGAAGAAGAGGAGGAAGGCUAUCUGUCACACGUCGGAGGCGCCACAGCUCCCAUAACCUCAGUGGCUCAAGGUGCCGUUGCAGCAGAACCUAUUUCCUACAUUCAAGAUGAGACAAUUCCCGGCUACUCUGAGACAGAGCAGACCAUCUCUGACGAGGAGAUUCACGAGGAGGCAGAGGAGCGGAUACCUCACCUUCAAUACGACGUUGGCACCUACGACAUCUCUGUUCCAGAUCAGACAGAAUCAUUCGUUAAUAUUCACGGCAUGAGGGAGAUGCAAGCUGCAGUUAUGACAGAGAAAAGUUUUAUUCCUGGUGUGCAGGAGCAAGUAUCUGUGUUCACCAACAUCAUCACGGCUCCUCUGGCAGAAGAAGAGCAUGUGUCCUCUGCAACGUCCAUCACAGAGUAUGACAAAAUGUCCUCCUUCCCUACUUCUAUCACUGAAGAUCAAUCUGUGGCAUCUGUCACCACUCCUCAGGCUGAGGAACCAGCCAAAACCACUGUUCCUGUGUCAACGCCACUUGACGCUACCCAGGGCAAAGAGCAACCUCUCUCUGCAGGAACGCUUUCACCACCCUCUUUAGAAGAUGACAAGCAACCCAAGACACCAGCUGAUGACUUACAGCUUCCUAUUGCAGAAGUGAAGAUCGCUGGUAAGGGUGCUGAUGCUCAUGAGGAGGAGGAAGAAGAAGAGGAGGAAGAAGACCAAACUCCUAAUGUUGACAUUUCACUUGAAAAACUCCAAGAGGGCUAUGCUUCAUCACAAAUAUUACAGACAAAAGAGAAAGACAUUGAAAAGCUUGCUGGCUCUGUAUCUCUUGUUUUAAAGUCUGUGGAAGAUAUCAAACCAGUCCACCUACCAGUUGAAGAGGAGAAUAUAGAUGCAGUUAAACCUAAAGAUAUUUCAUCAGUUGUGCCUACUAGACCUUUUGGAUCAGACUCAGUAACUUCAGAGAGUGAGGAGCGUUGCUAUAGUCCGGAUGAUAUCACUGUGAAAAUGGCCUCCCCUACACAGUCCGGACCCCCAAGUGCAGCUCAUUCCCCACUUCGUCAGUCACCAGUGGAAGAGAAGAUGAAACCCUUCCCUGAUUUGGAGCUGCAAAAGCAAAAGGAGCUCCCUGACGUUGUCUCCACAACUGAAGAUAAAAUAGUGAAGAAAGAUGAAGCAGAGACAGAGAAACAAAAAGAUGUUGACAAACAGAAAGCAGAUCAGCUUGAGGCAGAAGUUUCAACAUCUUUGGACAGAAAAUUUGACAAGGACAUAAAAGAAAUUCCACUGAUAAAAGAGGCAGAGAAAGACAUUUCUCCAGCACCAAAAGACGAGGACAAACAGGCUGAAACCACAUCUGUUGUUGCUUCAUCUUUAACAGAAGUUCAGCCACCUGUGCUACCAACACCAGGAAAAAUGGACGAAGAGAAAGAGAAAGAACCUAAAGUGCCUGAAAUUAAAAUCAUCAAGGCAGAACAGGAAAAAGAGACAGAAAAGGACGAUACCGUUGAUAUCAAACAAAUCAAGGAUGAGCAGAAACAGACAUCUAUCAUCCAGGAAGAUCUUUCUGCCGUUAAGUCCAUCACGGAUGAGAAAGCAGAGAAAGAGGCAGUAAUAGAUGACACCUCUGAUAUUAAACCUGUCAAAGAAGAGCAAAUUGCAAGGGAGACUGUCAGCAUUGAUAAAGCCAUUAAAGAUGAACAAAAAGACUUUAAAAUGGACGCCACUCCUGAUGUUAUAACUUCUAAAGAGGAAACUGUUGCUCCUGAGGACAAACAGAUCAAAGAUGAGCAAAAGGAAAAAGAUACAAAACGAGAUGACGAUUUUGACCUCAAAACCAAAGAUGACAUUACGGAGAUGGAGGAUAAAAAGGAAGUUGUGUCUGAUAGUAAGAUUAUGAAAGAGGAAGAGAAGAAAGAAGCAGAAAAGGACAGUACUUUUGAUAUUAGCGCUAUAAAAUCUGAAGAGAAGGAGAUCGAAAAGGUCAGUGUCGCAGAUGUCAAGCCCGUCAAAGACGAGAUGGAGAAAGAGGCAAAGGGGGAUGAUACCUCUGUUACUAAGCCUAUUGAAGAUGAGAAGAAAAAAGAGAUAGAAAAGGAUGAAACAUCUGAUAUCAAACUGAUCAAAGAGAAAGAAGAGAAAGAGGUAGAAAAGAUUGAUACUGCUGGUACCAAACCCAUCACGGAUGAGCAGAAGGAAAAGGAGAAAGAGGUGGGUGAUACCACUGUUGCUAAACUCACCAAAGAAGAAGAAGAAGAAGUGAUUAUUAAGGAUGAUACAUCUGCUCUUGAACACACUGUGGUAGAAGAAAAGGAGCAAGAGAUAAGUAAAGAUGCUAUCUCAACAAUUACCCUCAAUGAGGUGGAAGAAAAGGAUGUAACGACGAGUAAAGAUGAGAUUCUUGCUGUCAAGCCAACAACAGAGCAAGAAAAGGAGAAAGAGAAAGAUGAUAGCAUGGACACCAAACAAGCCAAAGAAGAGGACAAAGAUGUGAUGACAAGUAAAGAGGAUGUGCACGCCUUCAAAACUAGUAUAGAAGAAGACAAUAAGGAUGACACAAGUAAAGAUGUCGCAGCUGCUAUUGAACUCACAAAGACAGAGGAAAAAGAUGUUCUUCCAAGUAAGGAAGAUACUUCUGCUGUUAAACCAUCAGUCGGCGAAGAAAAGGAAGAAGAGGAAAGUAAAGAUGAUACUUCUGCCAUGAAACUGACCAAGGUAGAAGAAAAAGAUGUUCUUCCAAGUAAAGAAGAUACUUCUACUGUUACACCAACAGGCAUUAAAGAAAAAGAAGAAGAGGAAAGUAAAGAUGAUUUCUCUGCUAUCAAACUUACCAAGACAGAGGAAAAAGAUGUUCUUCCAAUUAUGGAAGAUACUUCUACUGUUACACCAACAAUCAUUAAAGAAAAAGAAGAAGAAGAAAGUAAAGAUGAUACUUUUGCUAUCGAACUGUCCAAGGUAGAAGAAGAAGAUGUUCUUCCAAGUAAGGAAGAUACUUCUGCUGUUACACCAACAGUCUUUAAAGAAAAGGAAGGAGAGGAAAGUAAAGAUGAUACUUAUGCUAUUGAACUGUCCAAGGCAGAAGAAAAAGAUAUUCUUCCAAGUAAGGAAGAUACUUCUGCUGUUAAACCAACAGUCAGCAAAGAAAAAGAAGAGGAGGAAAGUAAAGAUGAUACUUUUGCCAUUAAACUGACCAAGGCAGAAGAAAAAGAUCUUCCAAGUAAGGAAGAUACUUCUGCUAUUAAACCAACCAUCAGUGAAGAAAAGGAACAAGAGCAAAGUAAAGAUGAUACUUCUGCUGUUACACCAACAGUCAUUAGAGAAAAAGAAGAAGAGGAAAGUAAAGAUGAUACUUCUGCCAUCAAACUGACCAAGGUAGAAGAAAAAGAUCUUCCAAGUAAGGAAGAUACUUCUGCUAUUAAACCAGCAGUCGGUGAAGAAAAGGAACAAGAGAAAAGUAAGGAAGAUACUUCUGCCAUAAAACUGACCAAGGUAGAAGAAAAAGAUAUUCUUCCAAGUAAGGAAGAUACUUCUGCUGUUAAACCAGCAGUCAUUAAAGAAAAGGAAGAAGAGGAAAGUAAAGAUGAUACUUCUGCCAUCAAACUGACCAAGACAGAGGAAAAAGAUGUUCUUCCAACUAAGGAAGAUACUUCUGCUAUUAAACCAACAGUAGACAAAGAAAAAGAAGAAGAGGAAAGUAAAGAUGAUACUUCUGCUAUCAAACUGACAAAGGUAGAAGAAAAAGAUGUUCUUCCAAGUAAGGAAGAUACUUCUGCUGUUAAACCAGCAGUCAUUAAAGAAAAAGAAGAAGAUGAAAGUAAAGAUGAUACUUCUGCAUCUAAACUUACCAAGACAGAGGAAAAAGAUGUUUCUCCAAGUAAGGAAGAUACUUCUGCUAUUAAAACAGCAGUCAGCGAAGUAAAAGAAGAAGAAGAAAGUAAAGAUGAUACUUCUACCAUUAAACUGACCAAGGUAGAAGAAAAAGAUGUUCUUCCAAGUAAAGAAGAAACUUCUGCUGUUACACCAACAGUCAUUAAAGAAAAAGAAGAAGAGGAAAGUAAAGAUGAUGCUUCUGCAUCUAAACUUACCAAGACAGAGGAAAAAGAUGUUUCUCCAAGUAAGGAAGAUAUUUCUGCUAUUAAACCAACCAUCAGUGAAGAAAAGGAACAAGAGAAAAGUAAGGAAGAUACUUCUGCCAUCACACCGACCAAGGUAGAAGAAAAAGAUGUUUCUCCAAGUAAGGAAGAUACUUCUGCUAUUAAACCAGCAGUCAGCGAAGUAAAAGAAGAAGAGGAAAGUAAAGAUGAUACUUCUGCCAUUAAACUGACCAAGGUAGAAGAAAAAGAUGUUCUUCCAAGUAAGGAAGAUACUUCUACUGUUACACCAACAGGCAUUAAAGAAAAGGAAGAAGAGGAAAGUAAAGAUGAUUUCUCUGCUAUCAAACUUACCAAGACAGAGGAAAAAGAUGUUCUUCCAAUUAAGGAAGAUACUUCUGCUCUUAAACCAACAGUCGGGGAGGAAAAGGUGCAAGAGGAAAGUAAAGAUGAUACUUCUGCCACCAAAAUGACCAAGAUGGAUGAAGAGCCUAUAAUAGUAUCUAAAGCUGGUGAUUUCUCUGCUCCACCGACCAAGGUGGAAGAAAAAGAGCCGCUUAAGGAUGCUGCCAAACCAGUCACUGAAUCAGACAAGGAUCAAGAGGCAAGUAAAGACGUUAUUUCUGCUGUCAAACUCAUCCAGAUGGAGAAAGAAGAUGUAAUGAUGAGUGAAGAUCUGUCCGCUGUCAAAAUAUCUGAUGAUAAACUGAGCAUGAAGGAUGAUAUCUCUGUUGUUAAACCCACCACACAAGACGAGAAGGAGACAGAAAUCUAUAAAGAUAUUUGUGCUGUCAAAUCAACGACUGAAGAAAAAGACAAAGCAGUGGAUAAGGAGGAAACCAUCACUGUCAAACCAUCCAAGGAGGAAGAAGUCACAAUUCAGGAUCAUAGUGUUGCUAUCAAAUCCAUUGAUGAGGAAAAAGACAAAGAAACAAUUAAGGAUGAAAUUCCUGAUAUCAAACCUGCCAAGGAGGAGGAAAGCAAAGACAUCAUUGGAGUAAAACCAAUCACUGAUGAGGAGAAGACUGAAUUGAAAGACGUUACAUCCGAUGUAAAACUCAUCAAGAAGGAGGCAGAAGAAACACAGAAGGAUGAAACUCAUGAUAAACAGCUUGAGGUUAAAGAUGAAAAACUGGAAAAGGAGAAAGAAAAGAGUGAUAUUUCCGAGUCUCUGUCCAUUAAGCAGCAGAAGGAAAAGGAUGUAGAAGAUACUUCUGUCAAAACCACAAAGGAUGACCAGGAAGUGAUAAAAAGUGACAUUUAUGACAAAGAGGUUGUAACACCAGAGGCAAAAGAGACAGAAAAAGGUGACACCUCUGACUACAAACUGAUUUUGGAAGAAGUUAAAAAGAAAGAGACUGAAAAAGAUGACACAAAAACUGAUGAGCAUCCCAUGGAUGUGAAAGAGAAAGAGCAUAAAGUUGAAACCGUUGCAGAGGAAAUGAAAGAUGUGGUCAGGCAGAGCAGUGAUGAAGCCAAAUCCAUCAAAGAAGAAGACAAAGGAGAGCCUAAAGCUGGUGUAUGUGGCACAGACUCCAUUUUAGGACAGGAGACAGAUAAAGAAAUGUACACUCCCUCAUACAGCACUAAAGAUGAGAUUAAAGGGAAAGACGAUUAUCCUUUUGAGUCCGAAUUGAAGACGAGUGAUAAAAAAGGUAAAAAGGUAGAUCUUCCUGUAGCUCAGACCUUGGAGGAGGAAAAGACUAAAAAGGAUCAUAUUGGUGAGAUUAGUGAUAAGCAUACACAUGAAGAAACCUCUGAUAAGCUUACUGGAGCUCAGAAAGAUCAGGAAACGUCUGGGGCUGCAUCAGUAGAAAUGCAGAAAGACUCUUCUGUAACAGCACCUGAAGACCUGAAACCAGAGAAAGAUGGCACGUGUGUGACUCUCUGUGAGAAAAAAGAAGACAAAGAAGCUAAGGUCAUUGUUAGUCAAGAUGAGAAGACUGAGAAAGAAAAAGAUGACGCACAUGUUGCCGAACUGAGCAAAGAACAGAAAAUGGAAAAAGAACAAGAAAAAGAGUAUGAAACUGAAGAUAUCAAAGACGAAAAGACAAAAUCAGAACUGGAUGAAAAAGUAAUUAAAGAAAGUGCCAUUUCUGACAUGAAGACAGAGGAGGUCAGUGAGAAAGAAAAGUAUGACUCCUCCGAUGCCAAGGAGGAGAAAUGGGAGAGAGAGGAGCUACAAGAGAAAGACCUUGACAAAACCAUUAAACAACCUGCACAGACAAUAACAGGAGAAGCAGCAAUGGCAUCCAAGUCUGACUACAAGCCUGCAUUUGUGGUUCAUUCCUCCGAUGAAGACAGGGAAGAAGAGGAGGAGGAGUACAUUUGUAUGGGAGGGGCGGGCUCCAGACCUUUGUCAGUGGAGCCGAGAAAAUCAGACCAUGAUAUCUCCUCUGCAGGCCUGCCUCCACCACAAACUCCACAGACAAGUGAGCCAACUAAAGAGUUAACACCUGGACAGACCACAGUAAUCAUACCUACACUUACAAUGCAGGAGCCAUCUAUUGAUGAAGACGUCAAAGAGCUUGGAAAAGAAGAAUCCAGAAUCGCACCUGUAGUAGACAAAGAUGUUUUGAAAACUGAAACCAUAGCUACACCUCUCACCAAGCUGGAGCCAUCCGUUGAUAUCAUCACAUCAAAAGAAGAAGCUACCUCUAUCACAAAACAAGAACUAGCUUCUGAUGUCGUAGCCGCAAAAGCAGAACCGAUGUCAGACUCAGCUGAGAAAAAGCCUGUGAUGUCAGCAGUACCGAGCACUGACAGUCAAACCAGAAGCUGUACACUUUCAUGCACUGAGAGCCAGUCCAGCGUGGAGGAAACACAACAGACACCGUCUCAGAUGAGCUCAGGAGUCACUCCUAAAGAAAAGACGAAGCUGGAUGAGAAACCAGGCAAGGAAGCAGAGAGGGAGAUGGAGGGAGAACGAGAGGUGGCUUCUCCAGGAUUAUCACAGCCUUGCUCAUAUUUUACGUUGGAUAAGGAAUCUGAGGAUGCCGGCCAUGUUGAUGUUGUAAAAUCAGACUCUGCGAAAAAGGAGAGUGGUGAUAAAAUAACAUCAGAGAAGGAGACUGGCAUUGGAAGCCCGCAAGACGAACCGCAAACCUUUGGUGCAUCUAAAUACGAUCCAUAUGAAAAACCCAUCCCCAGAGAUCACGAUUUGGACUCAAGAGAAGAAAGUGAGGUUUCUCUUGGUUUUGAUCAUGCUUCAGACUUUGGUAUUGAUGAUAACAGGAGGACAAGCCAGACAGAAGACGGAGAUGCCCUGUUCCUCCUGGACGAUCAUUACAAAGAAGAGCCACUAUCCUUCAGCAGAGUCGACUACAGCCCAGUCUCUCUCACAGAGAGUGAAAGAAGCAGCCACCACAGUCCAAACAUGCAAGACAACAAAAUGUCCCUAGCAGCAGAGCCCUUUUCUAGUCCAAAAGAGGACAAACCGGAAAAAUCAGAGAAAGAGAAAGAGGACAUGAUAGAAGGUGCUUCAGCAGCCUUUCCAACAGGAGAAACUUUUGGAGAGUUCACAGAAAAGAAAGCAGCAGAAAAAGAGAAGGAAAAAUCUGCUGAGUCACUGAAGGACAAGAAAGAGUCCUCUGAUCAUGAAAAAGAGGGCUCUCCAUCUGGUCGGCACUCACCGGCAGAAAAAGACAUUUUACCCCAACAGGCAUCAUCUUGUGAACGUGAAGAAGCAGCGAGUGAAUCGAGAACAGCCCCUGACGCCACAUUUGUAGGACGUGACAUUGAUGAUAAUGUCCUUGCUUCUGACAAUAGUCAAAUAAGCAGCUCUGCCACUUGUAAAUCCAUGUUAGACUUCCCUGAAGGAAAAGAGAGCCUCAUAGAUAAAAGGUUACUUGUAGAGGGGGAAGACUUCAAUGUUGAUGAGGAUGACGACGAAGAUGAGGACGAGGAGGAAGAAGAAGAAGAAGAAGAGUUAAGUGAUGUAGAUAUGGAGAAAGGUGCCAGAGAGCAGUCUGAAAAAGAAAUGUGCAGACGUAGCACAGAUGAGGGUGCUACGUUAGCAGAGCUAGAGGACUCCAAUAAACAAUCUCCUGAAUCAAGUUUCCUUAAAGGGGAAACCAUCUGUACAGCAACACCCGAGGACGCCUCAGCUUCUAAAGUCACAGACAAGCAGGAUUUGAGUAAAACAUCCCCAUCUCCUGAAACAAAGCCUCUUGAAAAGGAAGAUAAAGAUAAAAGUGCUUCAGGUGAUGCAACAACAUCCAAACUUCCUGAGACAAAGAGUGAAGAUUCAAGCAAAACAUCUCCAAGUGCUCUCAAAAUGGACGACAUCUGUUUGGCUCCAUCGGAAGCGCCGAAACCUCCUGAAACAAAGAAAGUAGAUGACAAAAAGGACGACAGCUGUUUGGUUCUAUCGGAAGCGCCGAAACCUCCUGAAACAAAGAAAGUAGAUGACAAAAAGGACGACAGCUGUUUGGUUCUAUCAGAAGCACCAAAACUUCCUGAAACAAAGAAAGUAGAUGACAAAAUGGACGACAUCUGUUUGGCUCCAUCGGAAGCGCCGAAACCUCCUGAAACAAAGAAAGUAGAUGACAAAAAGGACGACAGCUGUUUGGUUCUAUCAGAAGCACCAAAACUUCCUGAAACAAAGAAAGUAGAUGACAAAAAGGACGACAUCUGUUUGGUUCUAUCAGAAGCACCAAAACUUCCUGAAACAAAGAAAGUAGAUGACAAAAAGGACGACAGCUGUUUGGUUCUAUCAGAAGCACCAAAACCUACUGAAACAAAGAAAGCAGAUGAAAAAGAAGCAACACAUUUGUCUCUUGAACCAACAACAACGAGAAGGUUAUCAUUUGUCGAGGAUGUCACCUCUUCUGUAGUAGAAGUGACAAAGAAAGGAGAUGAAGGCCAAACGACUCUAUCACCAGAACCAAGCUUUUUGACUAAGGAACCUUCUCAAGCAAUGGCCACAAGCAGCUUGACAGGCAGUUCUGUCCCAUCUGACCAUGCAGAGUCCUCAUCCAAGCCCACAUCUAGUCCCUCCCCUCCAAUGACAGGAGGAUAUGCUGAUAUCGGACAGAGCAGAUCUGGAGGAUAUCCUGAUAUUCAGUUUUACAGUGAGGACAGUCAAGUAGGAUCAAAGGAUGAUAAGAAAGAAACCUUUGUGCUUUCAGAUGCCUCCCAGGUAUCCAAGUUAAGCGAUGAUAAAUAUUACCAAAGAGACAUCCAAGAAGAACAUGUGGAUGAGAGGCAGACCGCAGAAGUCACCACAAAACAUGAGGAAACUACCUCAUUAGCUUGCACAUACACAGCCUUGACAUACUCUUCUUCAACAUAUUCCUCAACAUCUUACAGCCACUCAUCAUCUGCCUCAACUUCUGUCCCUUUAAGCCAACAGUUUGGAGACAAAGUUGAAAUGUUCACAUCAAUAUCGAGCUCUUCGUCAAAAAAGGAGCCAUCGUUCAUGACUGAGUCUACAAGCUCAGGCUCUGGAGGCCUUCAGAGAGACGAGUACAUGGAGGUGACGAUGAAGCCUGCCACUAAAGUGUCUUUACCGAGUCAGUUUGACGAGACCAAACCGUCAUCUCCAGUCUUGUCUACCACUGCCAGACAAACUGCGGAUCAAAGCGGUUCUGCUAAGCCAGAAACGGACACAAAGUCAACCACUGAUAGUUUUUAUAUGCUAGAAACUAAGAUUUCUACAACCACUGCAGCAUCAUCUCUACAAAGUACCGAACCAGUGGCACCACUGGCAGAGAGUUUAUCCACGUUAGAGUCUCACUUUGAUGUCUCUCCCCUCCAAAGGGCUGACUCCUCUGACAGGGGGUCCCAAAGCUCAGGAGAAGACGAAAUGGAGGACAGCACCCUACCAUGUCGUAUUGAAUGUGAUAAAAUCAAAAUGGCUGAACGAAAAGAGACUGAGUCUUGUGUGGUAGAAAGCACCACACACACCACAGAGACAAAGACCGUCACCAUGACCUCUACCACCAUUGUGUCUGAAUCUGAAGAGGUGAUGCAAACAACUCAACAGACAGCCUCAGUUACUUCACCAUGUGAUAGUGGAGCUAGGGAAACCUCAUGUGCCAUAGCAGACCUGCCCAAAACAGAAGAAGACAAAGAGAAAAAGGAGAAGACACCUGAAGUAAAAGAGGAGAAGACAAGCGGAGCUAUUGCACCUCUUAAGGAAGAUACAAAGGUGUCAGAAAAAGAAACAAGUGAAAAAGAUGAAAAGAAGGAGACUACAAAAUACACUGAAGUCAAGCAGAAAAUUGAAACUAAACUGGAAGAAAAGAUGUGCAAAGAAAGCACAGAAGAGAAGAAAACAACAACUGAUACCAAGAUGAGUGAAAAAGUAGAGGUUGGAAAGAAAGGAGAAGCAGAAAAAGUAGAAGAGAAAAGUUUGUUGGACACACCACCAGAGAGAUUAGAUGUAAGGAGAAGGAGUAGUAUAUCUGAUUGGGAGCUACUACAGAGGCCUGAUGAUUGUCCAAGUGCCCCGCCACCAGGUUAUGGUGAUGAUGAUGAGGAUGAUGAGGAUGAUGAAGAGGAAGCAAUGGAAGCAAUGGAAUGGAUGGUCAGUGUCCACGGCACCUCCACACAAGAGACAUAUCACACAGACAUAUCAAGCAAACGAGAUGUAAAGGCUGAUCGUCCCUCCGACUUGCCUGCCGGAGCCACCUCCUCCUCUUCCUCCCCUCCCGGUUACUCCUCCUGUGAAUACAAACAUCGCAAAGGAGAACUGUCUCCAUCCUUCAUCAACCCAAGUCCCCAUCAGCUCUCCAGUGACGAGGGCGAGGAGGGCGGCCGUAGCGACCACUCCCAGGAAGAAGACGAGGACGAGCAAGGGCAACACUCUGUGAAAAGGAGGUCGCACAAGCAGAGGCGCCACCACUCUCCGAGUUACCAUGGAGACGCCGGACAGGGGCCACAACAGCCGUCCGGUGCCACAUCAUCUGGACUGGGUGUGACGUUAGCUGGAGAGGAAACACCACCAACAUCGGUAAGCGAGUCGUUACCUUCACAGUCGGACUCUGACGUCCCUCCAGAAACCGAGGAGUGUCCGUCAAUAACAGCCGAAGGAAAUCUGGACUCAGACGAAGACGCUGAACAUCUGCCGGUGGACAAAUUGUCUGCUUCUGGAGCUGGAGGGGGCCACCAUCCCUCAUCACCGAAGUCAUCUCAGAGGACUCACGAUCCCCUCCCCACCCCAAUGAAGGACCCUCUUCCGCACCCUCCCCACCCAGAUGUGUGCAUGGUAGAUCCAGAGGCUCUCCUCAAUGACCACAGCAGCACGGAGAAACUUCUCAAGAAAGAGCACAAGACCACCAAGGGACUCAGAAAGGGUAAACCCAAGUCUGCCUCUCCUGCUCGAAAGGGAGAAGCCAGGAAGAGGUCCUCCACUCCGGUGAAGCAGACUUCUAAGGACUCCGCCUCGCCUCGAUCAGCCUCCCUCAGGAGGAAGGACACUGACAGAAGCUCCAGAUUGAUCAAGAUGUCCGAGACCCAAGGUUCAAGGAGUGAGCUCCUCAACCCCGGGAAAGGCUUGGUCAAUGGAGUGAAGAGCAGUAACAACUCACAGAAAACUGGUUCUGCCGUCCCUCCUGGACCACCCGUCUAUGUCGACCUGGCCUACGUGCCCAACCACUGCAGUGCAAAGAAUGUGGACCAAGAAUUCUUCAAGAGAGUGCGAGCUUCGUACUACGUGGUGAGCGGGAACGACCCGAGCAGCGGGGAGCCCAGCCGUGGAGUCCUAGACGCCCUGCUGGAGGGCAAAGCUCAGUGGGGCUCCAAUUUACAGGUGACUCUUAUCCCGACCCACGACACGGAGGUGACCAGGGACUGGUACCAGCAGACCCACGAGAGGCAGCAGGACCUGAACAUCAUGGUCCUUGCCUCCAGCAGCACCGUAGUCAUGCAGGACGAGUCUUUCCCUGCCUGCAAGAUCGAGUUCUGA